AUGGAGGUCGCUCGUACCUCCAUGAUCCAUGCGGCUGCUCCCCAUUUCUUGUGGCCGUUUGAAGUGCGGUACGCCGCGCAUCAGCUCAACCUCUGGCACCAUGUCUCUGUUCCAGAGACCUCGCUUACCCUGCGUUGGACGGGGAAGGUUGGCGAUGCGUCGGUGUUCCGAGUCUGGGGAUGUGUCCCGUCGGUAGACCCCCUCCCUCCCCAGGGUGCUGCUCCCUCAGGUGUUUCCCAGCCUGGUGGUGCUGGGUCUGGGGACACAGAGACUGGGGGUGCUGAGCCUGGGGGUGCGGAGACUGGGGGUGCUGAGUCUGGGGGUGCGGAGACUACGGGUGCUGAGCCUGGAGGUGCGGAGACUGCGGGUGCUGAGCCUGGAGGUGCUGCGAUUGGGGGUGUUGAGCCUAGAGGCGCUGAGGCUAGGGGUUCUGAGACUGGCCGUACAACGCCUAUUGGCACUCCCUCUUUGGAGCUGCUGCGCGAGUGGUACUCCCAGUGUUACAGCCUCCGUCGUGGGGCUCCUGGAGCUGGGGGGUCUGCUGUAGUUGGGGCUGGUGGCCCUGCGGGUGCAGUGUCGCAGCCGGAGCCUCCCUCCCCUCAGCGGCUGCGUGAGUGGUACGCUCGGCGCUGCAGCCUCCGGAGUGGAGCUCCUGGUGUUGAGGUACCGCCCGCUGGAGGCCCUACUGCUGCUGGAGGUUCUGGAGAUGCCGGUGGUGCUGCUGGUGCUGGUGCUGCUGGAGGUGCUGGAGCUGCUGGAGGUGCUACUGGUACUGCUGGAGGUCUUGGAGCUGCUGGAGGUGCUACUGGUGCUGCUGGUACUCCUGGAGGUGCUGCUGGUGCUGCUGGAGGUGCUAGAGCUGCUCGAGGUGCUACUGGUGCUGUUGGAGGUUCUGGAGCUGCAGGAGGUGCUGCUGGUGCUGUUGGAGGUUUUGGAGCUGCUGGAGGUACUGUUGGAGCUGCUGGAGGUUCUGGUACUGUCUCUGCUCCUUCUAGGGGCACUUCACGGCCGCGGCCGUACUUCGUUCCGCUCCUUCAGCAGGUUCUUGGUCAGCCGCCUCCUCCUAGUCCUCCUCCCUCCUUAGAGUGUCCUCCGCCUUUCCAAUCGCUGUCACAGCUACCGCCUUCCUCACCGCUUCAUGGUCCUUCUCCCUACACUGGUCCGACAGGCGGUCUUAUAGAGCGUCGUGAGCCUGAGUCUCGUCCUGUGUCGCCUAUGUCUCGUCCUGUGUCACCUGUUCGUGCUGCCUGCACUAGUCGCCGUGUACCACGUGAGCAUCCUCCGCCUGUCCCUGGCACACACCAGAUGUCACUGCGUCCUUCCACUGCUCCACAGUGUGUCCCUCUGCCGUCUCCUCCUGCGUCCUCUCUUCCUGUUCUUGCUGACCCAGAGUCUGACUCUCUUCGUGCUGCCACUCCUACUGUCACGCGUCUCCUGGCCACUGCUGUCAUUGACCCUUCCUUUGAGUCCACUGCUGCGUCUGCCCUGGUUGCUGAGCUUGUCGACUUUGCUGCUCGGUGUCGUCUAGACUACGCUGCGAGUCUUGCUGCUGAGUCUGAGUCUGUCUGUCCUCCGUCCGUCGGGGGUGAGUGUGCUCUAGGCACGGACGUCCUUGAAGACAGACAGGAGGACCUUGAGUGUCUUGCAGCCGCUGCGCCUCAUCUCAUGUCCAUGCUGAUUGCCCCUGAGGGAGACCCGGAUGCUCCACACAUCCCGACCUCGCGCUCUUACGCUGAGGCGAUCGUGGGUGAGUACUCCUCUCAGUGGCAGUCAGCCAUGGACGCAUAG